CUCUUUCGAACCGCCGCUGGCCGUGGACACAGGCUUGCUCACUGGCAUUCCUCGAUCCGCGUACCGUCCGCCGACCUUCGACAAUACACGGCUGCGGCAUGUAUCGCCGACUCUGAGUCUGCAUUCUCACCCACCCCGGCGCCUCGUCAUGUCACCCGUCUACGGCGAGAGCAAUCGGACCUCGCUGGAGGUCAUGAGGGGUUUCCUUGAUGCCUACCCCUUCCCAGCGUUCAUUGCUCGCCAAGCAAAUGCAAGCACGUCGUCCAGCCCGCAGCUGGACAUCAUCUACUCCAACGACAAAUGGAGGCUUGCCAACAAGAUGGUCGCUGAGGGGCGCGUCGAUACUGGCCUGGCCCAGUGGGUCGUCGGCGGCGAUGGGGUAUUUGUGUUCAACCUCGGCGAGACUCUACACUUGGCCAAGACACUGUUCGGCGACAACAUUGUUGUGACCUCGUUCGCGCCCCCAGCAGCCUUUCCCCAAUCUUCGAACGCAUCAACCGUGUCUUUUGUGGAAUCAUCAGACGCAUUGACGACAUCAGGGCCAGUGUCACGGGUCGCCGGCGACCCGGAGACUCGCGGUAGCCCAUUACGACGGGAAGUCGUGGGCGGUGGCGACUCUGAGGCUGCAGAUAAAGCUGCGGACGCGUUGGCCGCACUGGACAUCGAGCCACCAGCUUGGGUUGAGAUGGAUCCAGAACCAGAUCAUGUUUACCGUGCCGACCAUGCACCGCCUGCCGGCGACGCCGCCGAGAGCAGUCGAUAUUUGAGAAGAACGCCCAAGCGACAUCGACCUCAGGACAACUUCACUCAACACGAGUACAACGUCCAGAUGCAGGAGGGAUCGUCGGAGUACGAAUCGCUGGUGUUGUCCACCGACUGGUCCAAGACGCCGAUGGGUCCCCUCGACACCUGGCCGCCAGCGAUCCGGACAAUGAUGUCAAUCGCGUUUGCGUCCGCCACGCAAGACUCCAUAUGGUUCGGACCUAUAGACAACAUCCACCUGGUCUACAACAAGAACUACGCGACUCUCCUCGACCACCCAAACACAUUUGGCAAGCCGGCGGCCGAAGUGUGGCACCAGCUUUGGGGCGGUCUCGAACCACUCGCGCGGAAAUGCAUGGCUGGAGACAGCGUCUACCACCACAACGACCUCCUGCUGUACGCAAAGAAUGAUCGCGGUAACUUUAUCGAGCGAUAUCACACCUGGUCAUACGUGCCCAUCCGGGAUGGCGACAAGAUUGUGGGGCUGUACAACAUGAGUCUGGAUACGACCCAGAUGGUGCUGUUCGACCGUCGUUUCGACACGGCACGCGAACUGGUGGACGAGCUAGCAUUUGCGCACUCCAAAAGCCGCUUCUUUCAGGCGGUCGCAAGCGCCCUGGAGCCAAACCCGAUCGACGCACCGUUUGCCAUCUGCUACAGCGUUGACCCAACGGGAGACACGCCUGCUCCUCAGGUGCCUGCGGUCGACCUCACACUGCAGUCGACUGUCGGUGUGCCAGCGGGACACAAGGCGGCCCCAUCUCACCUGCACGUGCCUCUUCCUGUCCGGGACGCGACCGUGUUGGCUCACUCGCGGCUGAGUUUGUCUCCAGGAGUCAACGAGACGGCUACACCCAUGUUGCGAAAGGACGGCCCCGACGGUUUCCAAACGAGCCGCGACAAGCAUGCCUGGCCCAUCGCCCAAGCCCUCACCACUCGCCAGUGCGUGCUGGUGGAGGACUGCUCAGAGAUUGUGAAGGGGUUGCCUGUUCGACAAUGGGAGACUCUGCCUGACCAAGCUGUUGUCAUUCCGGUCAUCUCCGACGCGACAAACGGUAUCCCCCAGGCUGUCGUGAUCCUCGGCUUGAACUUCCACCCCUCGUUCGACGACAACUACUCCCGCUGGAUCAACUCCAUUCGUGGCUACCUCGUAUCCUCACUCAGCUCGAUCAGCACUUUCGAAGCUGAGGUCACUCACAGGCUGGAGCGAGAACGACUUGCAAGGGCGCAGAACGCGUGGUUCCGAGGGGCAGCCCAUGAGUUUAGGACCCCCCUUACGCUCAUCAUGGGUCCGCUCGACGAUGUCAUGCUCACGGAUCUUCGUCCGAGCCAGCGACAUUCGCUCGGCCUUGCUCAGCGAAACGUACAGAGGUUACAGCGCCUAGUUACCAUGCUCCUCGACUUCUCGCGCAUCGAAACUGGGCGACUUACGCCCCGAUUCGUCCCAGGAGACCUGGGAGUCUUCAUCACCAACAUCGGAAACUUGUUCCGUCCGGCCAUUGAGCGGAUGAGGGUGGAGUUUACCCUCAUCGUAGAUCCGCGGGCCGAUAAGGUGGACUUCGACCCAGUGUUGCUCGAGAUGGCCAUCUCGGGGCUGCUAUCAAACUCUCUCAAGUACACGCAGAGUGGUUCCGUGACUUUCAAGGUCACCUACAGUGACGACACCGCCAGCAUCGCCGUAAUUGACACGGGCUUGGGCAUUGCCUCUCCCGACAUGGAAAAGGUCACCAAGCUGUACCACCGUACGUCGGCCGCCGUUCAAUCGGGCGUGUCGGGAACUGGGAUUGGCCUUGCCCUCGCCAAGGAGAUUCUUCGACUGCACAAUGGCGGGCUUCAGAUCGAGAGCACAACAGCGGAGGAGGUCCAUGGCUCGACCUUCACAGCAGUCAUCCCCUUGCAUCAAUCAGGAGUGAUUGCUGUGGGAGAAGAAGAAGUUGCGGCUAUUCCCUUUGGUGCCUAUGGUCGACAAGCAGCAAAGGAGGUGCUCAUGGCCGCGAGGGAGAACGACGCAUAUCCGUUUGAUGGCGACGGCGACUUUUCGGGAUCAGUGUCGAACGCCACAUCGCCAUUCUCACUUGAGCUUCCUUCGCCCUCGCGGGGCAGUAUCUCGUCAGCAUCUGACGGAUACAGGAGCACCACAGGGAGCGGCUCUGGAGCCCUCGCCGAGGCGCUCAUGUUCGAGCCGACGGACCGAAUCCUGGUGGUCGAUGACAAUCGCGAGCUACGCGACUACAUCAAGAGUAUCUUCACGCCUUUCUGCUCUGUCUUGGAAGCGAGCAAUGGCAAGGAUGCCUUGGAUCUCAUGCGCGUUCACAAGCCGCACGUCGUCAUCAGUGACUUGCUCAUGCCGGGUAUGAGCGGAAUGGAGCUGCUCAACGUCGUGCGCGCCGACGACGACCAGGCAUUGCGCUUCACGCCCAUGGUGCUACUGUCGGCCAUCAUCGACGACGAGACCCGACUCGAGACCCUUGUCGCCGGCGCCGAAGACUACAUCACGAAACCGUUCAAGCGGAACGAGCUCAUCGUCAGAGUGCACCUGCACAUGCAGAUGGGCAAGAAGCGGGCCAAGCUCGAAGCCUUGUUUUGCGAACGCGAAAAGGAGAUUGCAGUCUUGUCAGACUAUUGUCCUUCGGGUAUCAUUCGCAUCAACUCGGUCGGUCGUCUGACGUACGCAAAUGCCGCCUUCAGGACCAGCGCAGGCAUGACAUCUAGCGAGCUCUCGGAGAGCCUCUGGAGCCUGAGCUCAAACUACUGCGACGCCGCGACGGCGGCAAACCUCGCGGGCGUAUGGGACGACAUGUUGGCCAGCAAGACAAAGACUACCGUGCAGUGGAAGUGGCGCACCGGCCGAACCAUGUCCGGCGUGUUCAUCUGGCUCGACGAGGAGCGGUCUGGAAUCAUCGGCUGCAUCACCGACAUCACGUACCAGGAGGAGCGCCUCGAGGAGGCUGAGCGGCUUCGGGUUCUGGCGGAGGAGUCAAAGCACCAGCAAGAGCUACUGGUCGACUUCACCUCCCACGAGAUCCGCACCCCGGUAUCGGCGAUCCUGCAAUGCUCCUCUGUGGUCAAAGAGAACUUGACGGGGCUGAUGCAGGAGCUGCGAGAAUCAGAAGGCAAACAGACCGGAUUCUUGCCCACAAAGCGCCUACUCGCCGACAUGGAGGACGACCUCGAAGCCCUGGAAAGCAUCUACCAGUGCGGCUUGGUUCAGGAGCGCAUCGCUGGUGAUGUUCUCUCGCUUGCAAGAAUCCAACUCGACAUGCUCACGCUGCAUGACGUACCGAUGGACAUCCGAGAAUCGGGCGCAAAGGUGCUGUCCGUCUUUGCCUCCGAGGCGCGCAUGAAGAAUGCCGAGAUUGACCUGGUGUUUGGCCCGACUCUUGACGCCCUCGGCGUACCAGCGAUCAACACCGAUCCCGUGCGCCUCGGUCAGGUGAUUGGCAACCUCGUCGCCAACGCCCUGCGAUUCAUCUCGUUUGUGGACAAGCGACAUAUCACGGUCAAGUUUGAUGUCGCUUUCUCGCCACCGCUCCAGGGCGCAGCGAUUCCCUCGAUACUGGCCAACCCCCCAAAGAUGACGCCAGCGGAGCCCAACAUGCCGGUGUACUUGUUCGUCACUGUGCGCGACACUGGCCCUGGCAUGCCUCCCGAGGAGAAGGACGCGCUGUUCCAGCGCUUCCAUCAGGGCAACAAGAUGAUCCACACGCGGUACGGUGGCUCCGGCCUGGGUCUGUUCAUCUGCAAGAAGGUGACCGAGCUGCUCAAGGGACGUAUCGACGUCGUGUCGGAGCUAGGCAAAGGGAGCGAGUUCCGGUUUUUCAUCAGGGCGACAAGUGCUGCAGCAGCGGCGGCGCAUGCCGAGAGCGUGGCUUGGACGGCCAUACCUCCUCCCGCACCAAAGGGUGACCCCCUGCACAUUCUGGUCGUGGAGGACAACAUCAUGAACCAGACCAUUCUGAAGCGCCAAAUCGUAAAGUCAGGCUUGACCUGCGACACAGCCAACAAUGGGCUCGAGGCCCUCGACUUGCUGGGCAUCGAGGAGCCAACAUCAGACGUCUUGGGCUUGACGACAACCGGCGAGGCCCCACGCGACAGAUGCAAGCCUCUCGAAGCCAGCACCAAGCCGUACGAUGUGGUUCUCAUGGACCUCGAGAUGCCUAUCAUGGACGGACUUACGGCGGUACGGCAUAUCCGCACCAUCCAAAACGGCCGGCCGGCGAAGGAGCGCCAGCUGGUUAUCGCGCUCACGGGCAAUGCACGCCAGGGUCAGAUCGACUUGGCCCUCGAGACAGGCAUGGACGACGUCGUGAUCAAGCCGUACCGCCUCCCCGCACUGCUCGAGACGAUUCAGAGAGCUGCCUCUGCGCGCCGCGCCGGGCUGGAAAUCGUGCCCCAGAGCAAGGUCCGUACAUCGCCCAUGGUGUCGCCGAAGAUUUUGGAAAGCCCCAAACGCCCUCCGCUCGUUUCGCGGCCGAGGUCAUAGGGUCGGGCGGCCGAGCGCGACGUCAUUUGGGACUGUAGACUUGUACAGUAUAUGUAAAUCAGC